UCUCUCUCGCUCUCUCUUCCUCUCCGGCGAUCGAUCAGAGAGAAGAAAGAGAGAGAAGCCGAGGAGACGGGGGAGAGAUCAUCGGAGAUGGAUACCGAUGUGGUAGCAAAGCAGUUCGUGGAGUACUACUACACCACCUUCGACAACAACCGCCCCGGCCUCGCCAGCCUCUACCAGGACACCUCCAUGCUCACCUUCGAGGGCGCCAAGACCCAGGGUGUCGCCGCCAUCGUCAACAAGCUCACUGGACUCCCUUUCCAGCAGUGCCACCAUGCUGUCUCCACCAUCGAUUGCCAGCCCUCCGGCCCUGCCGGUGGUAUCCUUGUUUUCGUCUCCGGUAAUCUCCAGCUUGCUGGGGAACAGCACGCUCUCAAGUUCUCUCAGAUGUUUCAUUUGAUGCCACAACAUCCAGGACAUCCAGGAAGCUUCUUUGUGUUGAAUGACAUUUUCCGGCUUAAUUAUGCAUGAGGGCUUUUCAAAUCUCAGUUUGUCAGAGCGUUGGGAUGCCAAGAUAUCAAUCCUCGCUUUUCUUAUUUGUGAUCCUAGCAGCCGAAACAUCAUGUUGCUUGGUGGUUUCCCAUGUUUGGUCUCCCAUCUAAAUUUGUUUGUGGAAAAAGAAAAUGAAAAACAUGUUGAACUUAAUUCAAGAAUUUACUAGGGAUGAACCUGUGAUAAACAUCAGUACAGUUUACUUGCACCUGUUUGAAAAUCUGAAAUUUGUUACAUA